ACUUUCUUUCUAUGCAUCGCGACGCACGACAUUUGCUAGGAAAUUGGAACUGUCUCGACCAUAUAGGGACUGUUGGCAUGUAUGAAUACACUCGUCAUCUCUGACACCUGCAUACAUGCCAACAGUCACUAUAGGUUGCCAAGUGGGCACCUGAGAUAUUGUAGUAAAAAAGUUGAAUGUGAAUGUGGGGCUCGGCUGCUUUCAUGGAACUGUCUCAACAGGUGAGACAGAAAGAACAUGAACGGAGAAAUGAACGGCACAGUGAGUGAAAAAGUAGAAAGCACAAAUCAUGUGGAUACAAGUGAAAAGAAAGACAAGAAAAAAGAGCCUAAAGUAGAAAUGGUCAGUCCCAUUAGUAUGUUUCGCUAUGCAGACUCGGUGGAUAUACUGCUAAUGGUACUGGGCACACUUAUGGCAGUAGCUCAUGGGGGCGCCAUGCCCGCCAUGGUUAUAGUGUUUGGAGACAUGACAGACAGUUUUGUUUCUGAUUCCAUCGCAGGACUAGGGAAUUUUACUGGGCCACAAUCGAAUGAAACAUUGGAACAACAAAUGACAAGAUUUGCCUAUUACUACUCAGGACUGGGGGCAGCAGUCCUCCUUGCUGCCUAUAUACAGAUUUCCUUUUGGACCUUGGCUGCAGGCAGACAGAUAAAGAGGCUGAGAAAAAAGUUCUUCCACGCAGUUGUGCGACAAGAAAUAGGAUGGUUUGAUGUGAACGAAAUAGGAGAGUUGAACACACGUCUGACAGAUGACAUUUCCAAGAUAAAUGAAGGAAUUGGUGAUAAAAUUGCCUUGCUUAUCCAGUCAGUGGCUACCUUCUUAGCUGGAUUCGUUGUAGGCUUUAUAGAAGGAUGGAAGCUGACUUUAGUUAUUCUGGCAGUCAGUCCAGUCCUGGGAGUGGCAGCUGCUCUCUUCUCCAAGGUCUUGACUAGUUUUACUAGUAAAGAGCAAGUGGCCUAUGCAAAAGCCGGAGCAGUGGCUGAGGAGGUUCUGUCAUCCAUCAAGACUGUGGUGGCUUUUGGGGGACAAAAAAAAGAGAUAGAAAGGUAUCGCACAAAUUUAGAAGAUGCCAAGAAGGUUGGAAUAAAGAAGGCUGUCUCUGCAAACCUGUCAAUGGGCUUCGCCUUCCUUAUCAUCUACGCGUCCUACGCGCUGGCUUUCUGGUAUGGAAGCAAACUUAUCCUAGAUGAAGGGUACACCAUUGGAAAAGUACUAACGGUCUUCUUUUCAGUUAUGAUUGGAGCGUUUGCGGUUGGCCAAACAUCUCCAAAUAUCCAAUCAUUUGCCAGUGCAAGAGGAGCAGCUCAUAAAAUAUUUCACAUCAUUGACAGUGAACCGAAAAUUGAUAGCUUUUCAGACAGCGGAUACAAGCCAGAUCACAUCAAAGGAAAUAUUGAAUUCCGAAAUGUCCAUUUUACAUACCCAUCACGACCAGAUACUAAGGUAUUAAAAGGUGUGAACCUAAAGGUCAGCAGUGGCCAGACAAUUGCACUGGUUGGUAGCAGUGGCUGUGGGAAAAGCACAACAGUCCAGCUGCUUCAGAGGUUUUAUGAUACUGAUGAAGGAACAAUUACUAUUGAUGGACAUGACAUUCGAUCCUUGAAUGUAAAAUGCCUCAGGGAAAACAUCGGAGUGGUGAGCCAGGAGCCUGUUCUUUUUGCCACCUCUAUUUUAGAAAAUAUCCGCUAUGGGAGGGAGGACGUGUCCCAGGCUGAGAUUGAAGCUGCCACAAAGGAAGCAAACGCAUAUGAUUUCAUCAUGAAACUACCCCAAAAAUUUGAAACCUUGGUUGGCAACAGAGGCACACAACUUAGUGGAGGUCAGAAACAAAGAAUCGCCAUUGCUCGAGCUCUGGUCCGCAACCCCAAGAUUCUCCUGUUAGAUGAAGCAACCUCAGCACUGGAUACUGAGAGCGAGGCAAUUGUGCAGAUGGCACUGGACAAGGUCAGAAAAGGCCGGACCACUAUAGUAGUGGCCCAUCGCCUGUCUACAAUUCGCAAUGCAGACAUUAUCACUAGCUUUGAGGAUGGAGUGGUCACAGAUCAAGGCACUCACAGUGAGCUGAUGAGCAGAAAGGGGGUUUACCAGACCCUUGUCACUAUGCAGACAUACACAAGUAAAGACGAAGGGCUGGGUGCUGCAGAGGAGGUUGUGGAAGAUGAGAAGAGCCCUUCCAUGGUAUCGUUAACUGAAUCAACACUGUUCAGAAGAAGUUCAAACCAGCUGAGUGGAAAAACGACAGAGAAGGAUCUGGAAAACAAAGAUGAUGAAAAGGUGCCGCAGGUAUCUUUUUUCAGUGUCCUCAAACUCAACAAGACUGAGUGGCCCUAUCUGGUUCUAGGAACCUUUUGUGCCUUUGUGAAUGGAGGUCUCCAACCUGUUUUUGCCAUUAUCUUUUCCAAAAUCAUAGGGGUUUUUGCUGAAACAGACAGAGAUGUGUUGCGAUACAAAUCCACAAUGCUCUCCUUAUUCUUUUUAGCAAUUGGCGGGGUUUCAUUUUUCAGCAUGUUCUUUCAGGGUUUUAGCUUUGGAAAAUCUGGAGAAAUUCUUACAAUGAGACUUCGAUUCAGGGCAUUUAAAGCUAUGCUGCGACAGGACCUUGGAUGGUUUGAUGACCCUAAGAACAGCACCGGGGCCUUGACGACGAGACUUGCAACUGAUGCGGCUCAAGUGCAAGGAGCUACCGGUUCCAGGCUCGCUACCUUUGCUCAGAACACUGCCAACCUUGGGACAGCCGUGAUCAUUUCAUUCAUCUAUGGCUGGCAGCUCACUCUCCUCAUUCUGGCGAUUGUACCAGUGCUGGCUGUUGCAGGAGCCGUGCAAAUGAAAAUGCUUUCGGGGCAUGCUGAGAAGGAUAAAAAGGAACUGGAAGUUGCUGGAAAAAUUGCCACAGAAACCAUGGAGAAUAUUCGAACCGUUGUUGCAUUGACCAGAGAAAGAAAGUUUGAAUCUAUCUAUGAGGAAAACCUUGUGAUCCCUUACAGAAAUUCACAGAAAAAGGCUCAUGGCUAUGGCCUGACUUUUGCCUUUUCCCAGGCAAUCGUAUACUUUGCAUAUGCUGGCUGCUUCCGUUUUGGCGCCUACCUGAUUACAAAAAAUAUUAUGAAUUUUGAAGACGUGUUUCUUGUAAUUUCAGCCCUUGUGUUUGGAGCUCUUGCAAUAGGAGAGGCCACUUCCUUCGGUCCCAACUAUGCCAAGGCCAUAGUAUCUGCAUCCCACUUGUUUAUGCUGUUAAACAGAGUCCCAGCCAUAGACAAUGACUCUGAAGAGGGAGACCAGCUGAAACAAGUUGAUGGCAACAUCAAGUUUGAAGAUGUGGUGUUCAACUACCCUUCCCGCCCCGACGUGCAGAUAUUGCAAGGGCUCAGUUUAAAUGUGAAGAAGGGACAGACUUUGGCACUGGUGGGUAGCAGCGGCUGUGGGAAGAGCACCACCAUACAGCUGCUGGAAAGGUUCUAUGAUCCACUGAACGGCAAAGUGAUGCUGGACAAGCGCAAUAUGAAGGAGCUUAAUAUCCAGUGGCUCAGGGCUCAGAUGGGUAUCGUAUCCCAGGAGCCUGUGCUGUUCGACUGCAGCAUCGCAGAGAACAUCGCAUAUGGUGAUAAUAGCAGGAAGGUGACCCAGGAGGAGAUUGUGGCAGCAGCUAAGGCAGCCAACAUUCACUCCUUCAUUGAAAGUCUACCUGAUAAAUACAACACCCAAGCUGGUGACAAAGGGACUCAGCUCUCUGGUGGACAGAAGCAGCGUGUGGCAAUCGCCCGGGCGCUCGUCCGAAAUCCCAAAAUCCUGCUCUUGGAUGAAGCUACAUCAGCACUGGACACAGAAAGCGAAAAGAUUGUGCAAGAGGCCCUGGACAAUGCUAGAGAAGGCCGCACUUGUAUCGUUGUAGCACAUCGGCUGUCCACCAUCCAGAAUGCUGACAAGAUCGCAGUGUUUCAGAACGGCCAGGUGGUGGAGCUGGGAACACACCAACAGCUUCUCUCCAAACAGGGAGUAUACCAUGCACUUGUUAAUGUCCAGAUGCAACACACAUGAAUAAGCCAUGAAAACUAAGACCCAAUGCAGGACCUCCAGGUUUACAGUUUACCAUGUUUACUGUGCUUUUACCAAAGUGUAUCCUUCAUUGUACAGGUUACUCCUCAAGCCUUACCGAUUUGUAUUGUUUGGAUUUAAAGGUGCUUUUACAAAUUUUAGUUUCAUCAUAUUGUAAGGAAUACAUUUUCACCUUAAAAAUAAAACUGGCAAUUUGCACAGCUGUGACCAAAGGUUUUGCACCCCCCUCUAUAGAAUUAAAUAAUUUUGCUUCAUAAAGUUGAAUGAAACCUGCUGAAGAAUGUUCCGUUAACAUAUUGAAUUACAUACUGCUUUGUGGUUUUCCAUAUAUUUAAUGAAAAACUUUAGGCCAUAGCUGUAUGAAUAGUGACUUUUUGUGAUCCUUGUUGUGAAGACUUUCUUCCUUUCCAACAUCUACACACUUUCAAGUAUUUGCUUUCAGUCAGUCCCAGUGGCAGAUGGAAACAUAGUACGUGUUAUCCAAAUUCAAAUCAAUAUGUUUAAUAAUGCCACCAGCACAUUUUAACUUUUAACAUUGUAUAGGUUCAGAGAAAGCCAGAGCAAUGUGAAAUUUCUUUAAUGAUGCCAGUUUGAAAAUGAUUACUGAGGGUGCUGGUAGUCAUUUUUUGUACUGGCCUUAUUGCUUUCUUAGGCUGUGCUCACACUGGAUCCGUUUAGAGGGUUUGGUUUGCUUGCUAAACAUCAAUGUGAACAACUGCUGGACUCGGUCCUUUUGCACAUAAGAAACAAACUAUACAAAGUAACCUGACUCGGAAGUAAACACUUUGCUCAUAGUUUGGUUUGUAUUCUGAGGAAAUAAGUAGAGCAAAAAACAAAAAUGUCUUUGGGAACUAGGGUUAUUUACCAGACAUCCCAUGAAAACUAGGAUUGUCACAGUUUCAGUCUUAUUUGUCUUAUCCCGGUUUUACUAUUGUAUUUAUUUGUAUUAUUAUUAAGUACCAAACUGCAUCAGUGUGCUCUACAAGUUAAUAGCAGAGUAAUGUAUUAGGUUGCGUUAGUGCCAUUCAAAAAUAAAAUAAACAAUGAUAUGGAUUACAGUAGGGAGCAAAUUAGCCAAACUAACUGGGACUGAUGCUAGUUUGCAUAAUCGAUUUGUAUGGAUAAUCGAACAGGUAUUAAGAACAAUUACUGUACCUUAAAUAAUACAUAAAAUAAAGUUAACAUACACAAGUACUUAGUACACACUGUGUGGUCCAGUGGUUAAAGAAAAGGGCUUUAACUAGGAGGUCCCCAGUUCAAAUCCCACCUCAGCCACUGACUCAUUGUGUGACCCUGAGCAAGUCACUUAACCUCCUUGGGCUCCGUCUUUCGGGUGAGACGUAAUUGUAAGUGACUCUGCAGCUGAUGCAUAGUUCACACACCCUAGUCUCUGUAAGGCGUCUGCUAAAAUAAAAAAAUAAUAAUAAUAACCUACUCCAACACAUUAAGCAUACACAAUUACAAAGCUUUACAAAUCAUUACAUCAAUGCAAUUCAGUAAAACUUUAACACCUACAGUUAAGGUAGUGAAAUAUCGUAAUUAAAUGCCCAUAUACCAAACUUUGAAAAUCAUCAAAGAAUACAAUUCAGCACAACUUUGACACAUUACAGAACUUUAGGAAUCAUUAAACUUCAAAAAUUCAGUAAAAUGCUUCUAUACUUUGAUACUUGCUGUUAAGGCAUUGUAAUAACGUGCAAUUGAAAUUAAUAAGUUCUUAGCUGCUCAAUAACAUAGACAGGAUCUCCAGCCCUUACUGACGAAAUAGAACAUAAGAACAUGAGAAAGUUUACAAUCAAAAAUGAGGUGACUGUUUUAAUUUGCUUAACUGCAACAAUUUAAAGCACACAAUGCUCCAUCUAAGGUUUUGGUGUCAGAAUAAUUCUGUAACUUUAAUUUGCUUCAGUCUGCUGGUUCAUUUUUUUUGGCAGCUAAAUCUCAUAGCCUUUUUAACAGCAGAAACUGUGUGCGUAAUACACUACGUGUAAUUCAUCACGUAAUUACAGGUGCGUUCGGUUGAUUAGACAGUACGGUUGAUCAAAGAUCGGAUCAUUGACUCUACUGUAUUUGUUUAAUCAUUUUGAUUACGUGCAUAUGUUUAAAUGGUAAUAGCUGAUCUAUUUAUUAAAUCUGGCUUUUUGUACAUUUAACAUGUGUUCACUAGAUGACAAAAGAAAAUAAUGAAUUGUUAUGAUCUGCAAUAAAUUCACCCCAUGUUUAAUUUCUAA